CGGGGCCCCAGCUCCCUUACGCUGUCCCCGGCUCCGGCAUCCGUGUUGUGGUGCUAUCGCUUGCCUUCCCAGGUAGUUCGGCUUUGGUCCUGUGGAAUCGAAUCUAACCCCCCGGAGCCUCCUUCAGACGGCUUCAUGGCGUAUAGUCAGGGAGGCGGCAAGAAGAAAGUCUGUUACUACUAUGACGGUGAUAUUGGAAACUAUUAUUAUGGCCAGGGACACCCAAUGAAGCCUCACAGAAUCCGUAUGACACACAAUUUAUUGUUAAAUUAUGGCUUGUACAGAAAAAUGGAAAUCUAUCGCCCCCACAAAGCUACGGCAGAAGAAAUGACUAAAUACCACAGCGAUGAAUACAUCAAAUUUCUUCGUUCAAUAAGACCUGACAAUAUGUCUGAAUACAGCAAACAAAUGCAGAGAUUUAAUGUUGGGGAAGAUUGUCCUGUGUUUGAUGGACUAUUUGAGUUCUGUCAACUGUCAACAGGAGGCUCUGUAGCUGGAGCAGUAAAAUUGAAUAGACAACAAACAGAUAUGGCUGUUAAUUGGGCAGGAGGACUUCAUCAUGCUAAGAAAUCAGAAGCAUCUGGUUUCUGUUAUGUCAAUGAUAUUGUGCUUGCCAUUCUUGAGUUAUUGAAAUAUCAUCAAAGAGUUCUUUAUAUUGAUAUUGAUAUCCAUCAUGGUGAUGGUGUUGAAGAAGCUUUUUAUACCACAGAUCGAGUUAUGACGGUAUCAUUCCAUAAAUAUGGUGAAUAUUUCCCGGGAACAGGAGAUUUAAGGGACAUCGGAGCUGGAAAAGGCAAAUACUAUGCAGUUAACUUUCCAAUGAGAGAUGGAAUAGAUGAUGAGUCAUAUGGACAAAUAUUUAAACCAAUUAUAUCUAAAGUGAUGGAAAUGUACCAACCUAGUGCAGUAGUAUUGCAAUGUGGGGCAGAUUCACUCUCUGGCGAUCGACUGGGAUGUUUUAAUCUUACAGUUAAAGGUCAUGCCAAAUGUGUGGAAGUUGUAAAGACUUUCAAUUUGCCUCUUUUGAUGCUUGGAGGAGGUGGAUACACCAUACGCAAUGUUGCUCGAUGUUGGACUUAUGAGACUGCUGUUGCCUUAGACUGCGAAAUUCCUAAUGGUAAAUAUUAUACUAAAAAGUGCAGAUUGCCUAAUCUAAAUUAUAAUUACUAUAAGUCACUUAGACUUUUCUCUGUCUUAACAAAAUCCUGAUUUCAGCAAGAA